CCGCCUCCCGUGGUUCGUUAACGUUCGUGUCUGAUUCUACUGAAUUCCGAAUCUCUAAUCGCAAAAGGCCCCCAAGGAUCAGGUGUUGCUAUCUGAAACUUAUCGACAGAUCCCUUCUUUAGGAAAUAAGGCACUUGGACAGCAGGAUGACUUCCAUCAUCAAGCUGACCACGCUCUCCGGAGUGCAGGAGGAGUCUGCCCUGUGCUACCUGCUGCAGGUGGAUGAGUUUCGGUUUCUGUUGGACUGUGGCUGGGAUGAGAACUUUUCUAUGGAUAUUAUUGAUUCCCUAAAGAAACACGUACACCAAGUUGAUGCUGUUCUCCUUUCUCAUCCUGACCCUCUACACCUCGGUGCUCUUCCAUAUGCAGUUGGAAAAAUGGGAUUGAAUUGUGCCAUUUAUGCUACUAUUCCUGUGUAUAAAAUGGGACAGAUGUUUAUGUAUGAUCUCUAUCAGUCUCGCCAUAAUACUGAAGAUUUCACACUCUUUACAUUGGAUGAUGUAGAUGCAGCAUUUGAUAAGAUACAGCAGCUAAAGUUUUCUCAGAUUGUCAACUUGAAAGGCAAAGGACACGGUCUGUCAAUCACACCAUUGCCUGCAGGUCACAUGAUAGGAGGCACAAUUUGGAAGAUUGUCAAAGAUGGAGAGGAAGAAAUUGUUUAUGCAGUUGAUUUCAACCACAAGAGGGAGAUCCAUCUGAAUGGAUGUUCAUUGGAAAUGUUGAGCAGGCCUUCAUUGCUUAUUACAGAUUCGUUUAAUGCUACUUAUGUGCAACCCAGGAGGAAACAGAGGGACGAACAGCUACUAACUAAUGUUUUGGAGACAUUACGAGGUGAUGGAAAUGUGUUGAUAGCUGUGGAUACAGCUGGAAGAGUUCUGGAACUUGCUCAACUACUUGAUCAGAUCUGGAGAACGAAAGAUGCAGGAUUAGGAGUUUACUCUCUAGCACUUUUGAAUAACGUCAGCUACAAUGUAGUGGAGUUCUCUAAAUCACAGGUGGAAUGGAUGAGUGAUAAAUUGAUGAGGUGCUUUGAAGACAAGAGAAACAAUCCUUUCCAGUUCCGCCAUCUCUCCUUAUGUCAUAGUCUGUCUGAUUUGGCUCGAGUGCCUAGUCCAAAAGUUGUCCUUGCCAGCCAACCUGAUUUAGAAUGUGGGUUUUCGAGAGAUCUUUUCAUUCAGUGGUGCCAGGAUUCCAAGAACUCUAUAAUUUUAACUUACCGUACCACACCUGGAACAUUAGCACGAUUCCUGAUUGAUAAUCCUUCUGAAAAAGUUAUAGAUAUUGAGUUGAGAAGACGUGUCAAGUUGGAAGGAAAAGAACUUGAAGAAUACCUAGAAAAGGAGAAACUAAAGAAAGAAGCAGCUAAGAAGCUAGAGCAGUCUAAAGAGGCAGAUAUUGAUUCCAGUGAUGAGAGUGAUGCGGAAGAAGAUAUUGAUCAGCCAACUGUGCAUAAGACCAAACACGAUUUGAUGAUGAAAGGUGAAGGUAGCCGGAAAGGAAGUUUCUUCAAACAGGCAAAGAAAUCUUAUCCAAUGUUCCCAGCCCCUGAAGAAAGAAUUAAAUGGGAUGAAUAUGGCGAGAUUAUCAAACCAGAAGACUUUCUAGUUCCAGAACUUCAGGCAACAGAAGAAGAAAAAAGCAAAUUAGAAUCUGGUUUGACAAAUGGAGAGGAGCCAAUGGACCAGGAUUUAUCAGAUGUUCCUACCAAAUGUAUUUCAGCAACAGAAUCCAUGGAAAUUAAAGCCAGGGUUACAUAUAUUGACUACGAAGGACGCUCAGAUGGGGACUCAAUUAAAAAAAUCAUUAACCAAAUGAAACCAAGACAACUAAUCAUUGUCCACGGACCACCUGAAGCCAGCCAGGACCUUGCUGAAUGUUGCAGAGCUUUUGGUGGAAAAGAUAUUAAAGUGUAUAUGCCAAAACUACAUGAAACUGUAGAUGCGACCAGUGAAACUCAUAUUUACCAGGUCAGGUUAAAAGAUUCUCUUGUCAGCUCACUUCAGUUCUGUAAAGCCAAAGAUGCUGAGUUGGCUUGGAUAGAUGGUGUCCUGGAUAUGAGGGUCUCGAAAGUGGAUACUGGAGUUAUUUUGGAAGAGGGAGAGCUGAGGGAAGAUGAAGAGUUAGAGAUGCAAGUGGAUAUGCCUUCUUCAGACUCUAGUGUCAUUGCACAACAAAAGGCCAUGAAAAGUCUCUUUGGUGACGAUGAUAAGGAGAUGUGUGAGGAGAGUGAAAUCAUCCCUACUUUGGAACCACUGCCACCUCAUGAGGUUCCUGGACAUCAGUCUGUGUUUAUGAAUGAGCCAAGACUAUCUGACUUCAAGCAAGUUCUCUUGCGAGAAGGAAUUCAAGCUGAGUUUGUAGGAGGAGUGCUUGUGUGCAACAAUAUGGUGGCUGUUCGCAGGACUGAAACGGGGCGCAUUGGAUUGGAAGGCUGUCUCUGUCAGGACUUCUAUAGGAUAAGAGAACUUCUAUAUAAGCAAUAUGCUAUUGUCUAAAGGAAGCACUUAAAGGUGUUUUCGCUUGAACUUCUGAAUAUGCAGAGGAUUUCUCUCUGGACUUUUUGUAAUUUUCUAAUUUAUACAGGGGAAAAGUAAUUCAUAAAGAACAGUUAAUUACCCUGAACAUGUAAAUAAGUACCGUUGUUGCUCUUCAUAAAUCUGUUGGUAUGUUCCAUGUUCUUGACUUUCGAACUAUUAUGACUUAUCUCCCACAUAAUGCGUCACAAAUGAGUUUAUGACCACGAACUGUUUCUCAGGAAGGCUUUGUAUUGAUGGGUCAUGUUUUGAUUUGUUAGAUUUCCUGCCAAAGACUACAAAAUAGAUAAAAGUCAUUCUUCUCUUCUCAAAUAAGAUUAGAUAGGGAGUUGUGGUUUCUUUUUCUCUUUUUUUGUUAGCUUUUUUGUUAUUUCAACAAGUUUGAUUUAUAGAAGAGUCUUGAGUUGUUGUUGUUUCUUUUUUUUCCCCUUUUUAAAUGGGGUCUAGUUAAAAUAUAUUUUUAACAGCCCACUUAAAGUUGUCUGUAUGUUCCCCCAGUGCUAAUCUGGCUGCAUCUUAAUGUUGUUGCUUGUCUCUUCUUACUGACUUGUUCCAGUACAGCACUUCAUUAUUCUAUAUGAAGUAUUAAUCUGCAGGAUCAAAAAACUACUUUGAAAAGGUAAGUUAAGAAGACUGGUGAAGAUACUUGGGCACCUUAAAAUCUAGCAAUUAUGUGCUUCAGGGUAACUUCCGUACAAAGUUAUUGAAUUUGUACCUUCUAGCUUUUGCAGAAUUGUGCCAACUAUUUAAAUUCUGAUUUUUAACACGUUGGAAAACUAAAGCCUUUAUGUACGCAGUGCUGUUUGUUCAGAAUGCCAUGAAUCAAGUUCAGGAUCCUUUAUCUUGAAAGCUGAGUUCAUGUGAUUAAAUCUAAUGCUUUUGUGUCGUGUUUCAUACUAGUUGCAUGUUUUGACAGUGGGAUUUAUUCUAGCAGAUGAUGCUAGAAAUUGAGCUUACUUUUUUGGUGAAGAUGAGCAGUUCUUCUAAUUCAGUUUCUCAGAAAUGAAUUUAUACAAAUAGCCUCUUGCGAGUUUAUUUAAUCCCAUUUCCCCCCAUCCACAUAUGCACCACCAGUUUUGGUAAUGAAAGGUUGCCUGCUUGUUUUCACAUACAACAGCAAUGUAAUAUGUGCUCUCUGUCUAAUGUUUAAAUAAAAUAUUUGGGCAAAGUGGCAAAAAAGCAGCCCUGUGGGCUAUCAGUGAAAAGAUAAUUUGCCUUCUAAUUUGUUCUUUGGCUAAUAGUUUCUUAUCUGAUCUACAGAAUAUUUAUUCUGUUUAAAAGAGGAACUUGAAAUUAAAGUCUCCCUUUCAAAAAGAGAAAAAGCAAACUACAAAAUACCCAAGCUGCUAGAACUAGAUACUAAAAAUGUUAAACUCUUGAAAAUGUUAAGUGAGAAUGUACUUUGUUACAUAAAACUUCCUGUCUAGGAUUGACUAAAAGCUGAACACUUCUUUGGCAACAGUAUUGAAAAAUGUUUUCAAUUAUAUUGACAGUCAGAACUUCUUAGAAAUGCUUUUUUUUUUUAGCUGUUUUGUAGCAAUGCUAUGUAAAUCUACAUGAUUUGGGAUGCUUACUGGUUAAUACUAUUGUAUUACUAUUGUUGAUACUAAUGAACUUUUAUAAAGUGCAUUACUUUGUACAUAAUAAUUUUGGCCUUAGAACUUUUAACCUGGGGUCUUGGGGUGGGCAGAGGUCUCUUAAGACUGAAAGGGAUACCAUAAUAAAUAAUUUUAUCCCAGAACUGGAUGGUGAGGUCUCACAAGAGCAGAUGGGCAGAAUCGCCUCCCUUGACCUGCUGUCAUGCUUCCCUUGAUGCAACCCAGGAUAAGGUUGGUCUUCUAGGCUGCAAGUGCACAUUGCUAGCUUAUGUUGAGUCUGUCAUCAACUGACACACCCAAAUCCUUCUCCUCAGAGCUGCUCUCAAGCCUAGCCUGUAUUUGUGUUUGGCAUUGCCCCAACCCAGAUGCAAGACUGGCGUGGGCCCACCUCUCAAGCCUGUCUAGGUCCCUCUGGAUACCAUCACUUCCCUCUAGUGUGUCACUUGCACCACUCAGGUUGGUGUCAUUUGCAAAGUUGUCACCUACUGAGAUGUUAAAUAACACUGAUCCAAGCACUGGUCCCUGGGGAACGCCGCAUUGAGCUGUUGACCACAACUCUGAGUGUGACCACCCAGCUAGUAGUCACCUUUUAAGAGAUACUGGGUUGGAAGCUGAGUGCACAGUCAAAUCAGAUAAAGAUAUCCAGGGAACAGAAUUUUAAAUCUUAGAUACCUAAAAACUGUAUAAGGAACAGUUUUAAAGUUGGAUUCAUUUUGUAGAUAAAACUCACUGUUGUGUAUGCCUCAUUAUCUGUAAAUACAGAACAGGAGAGUUAGUUAUGUCAAUGUGAGCCGUAUUAGUCUUAAUGAAUGAAUACAUUUAUUAUCUCUUCUUUUAUAAUACAAGUUUACUUAGAAAAUGAUCUUUCAAGAAGUUUGCUGGCAGGGUAAAUUUCUCAUCAGAUGCCUGCAUUUUAAAGAGUGUACGUUGUGAAAUCUGGGUGUACAUCACACUGCUUUAGCAGUAUUAACAUAAGCAUGAAAGAGUGUGUUGUUUUGGAUCUAUCUAAAUUACUGAAAAUGUUUUACUGAUUUAAUUAAUUCCUUGUCCUAAAGGAUGUGUAGAUGUGUUUCUGGCAGAGAAAUUCUGCUGAAGAGUGGUUGCACUUCAGUGGUGGGUAAACUGAUCAGUAUUUUCAGCUCUAUAAUGCUCACUGUGGAAAAGGAAUAUAAAAGUAAUAUUUAAAUAUUAAUGACUUGACGAGUGUGUUUUCUUACAUGUAGUGAGAAUGUGAAAGUUUGAUAAAUAUGGGAAGUAUCAAGAUAUGGGAGAACUUAUAUUGUUUCAUGCAGUGCACUGCAAAUUACAUUCUCUUUGAUAGGUUCUAAAAUUACUGCUGUGAUACAAAGUAAAAUAAAUGACAGUGUUUCUGAGUGGAACUUCCAAUAAGCCAUGUAUCAGUUUUUUUUCUGAAUGAAAGAUCACUAGAAGCUCAAAAUAUUAUGAAGAAGCAAGUUUGGCAUAUGAGCUUUAGCAGUAAUAACCUGCCUGUUGUUGCAUAAUCCUCUUAGGUGGUGCAAGCAGGAUCUGUGGUUCAGCAGCUGAAUGAUAGUGAGCUAGGCAUCUGCCAAAAGGUAUAGUCUCUAACUGCAAUCUGGUGUUCACAAAUUUUAGUAAUGAGCAAAUAAUUGAUUUCAGUAUUAUAAAAUUUUCUUACGUGGUGCUCAUUUUCAGUGUAGGUUUUCUGAAAUGCUGCAAACUUCUUUAAAAGGUGUUUCUGACAAACAGUUCUGAAGAAAUUUGGAAAGGUGGUAAUCUAACAGCCAAACAUUUUCUGUCCAAUCCUGCAUGAGAUUGAUGCCAGUUUCUUAAAACUAGCUUUGGAGAUCAAGGGAAGCUUUCAU